AUGGCGUUCCUAACCCUGCUGAGAUCUCGCCCUUUGAGGGUCCUCCCGAUCCCCUCGUGCACCGAAGGCGAUCCGAGUCCUCGCCAUCUGCCGCGCCAGGAACUCGUGCGGCGGCAGCCGAUCGCCGCCCUCCUCCGCGUCCUCCUCCUCGCUAUCCCACCGUCGGUUCUCCUGGUAUUCCUCCUUCAGUAUCUUCGACCAGUCGGGGACGUUCACCGGCAGCGACGCCGGUCCGCCGACCCCGCGCCUCGCGCUCGCCGCCGCCGGACUCCUCGAGAUCCGAGCGGCCGGCUUGCGCGGCUCCGGCGACUGAGGGCGGGUCGUCGUCGAGCUCCAGACGUCGGACUCGUCGAGCUCGAAGAUCAUCUGGUCGUCGGAAGCGGCAGACUGGUCGCCGGGGAGGAAUCUGUAGGUCGAUCUGGCGAAGUAGCUUUUGGAUGCCGCCAUAAGAUUCAGAGGUCGAUUUGGGCGUUUAAUAGCCGUGAUCACGCCAACCACGAUUACUAA